AAUUCUAUUGAUUCACAGUUGAUUUGAAGGAUCUUCUGCCGACACUAAGAGGUAUGGGUGCUCUGGAAAUGGUGGACAUCGUGAAAGAAGUGGGAAUGAAAAAUGUCCUCCAUUCUGGCAAUUUCACAAUUUUCUGUCCUCAAAAUGCUGCCAUGGAAACCUUUGUUGAAGAUCAAGAAUUAAUUUCUGAAAAUGAAGUCGUGAGAAAUUAUAAUUUUAGAAGUCUUAAAAAGAAAACAUUGAAGAAUCUAAUCAAGAAACACAUGGUGAAAGGAUUUUUGAAAAUAGAUGAUUUCCACGACGAGCAGAAAAUAGGAACAGAAGAUGGCAACAAUCAAACAAGAAUCAACAUCUAUUAUGUCCCUGAAAAGGUUGUCACAGUAAAUUGUGUGCCUAUAAUAACAGCUGAUUAUUUUGCGAGAAAUGGAAUCAUUCAUUUAGUUGAGAAAGUUCUACCAAAACCUAUCAAAACGGUCGCCGACAUUAUUGCGGGUGAUUCUCAGUUCUCGGUCUUAAAAGGAAUGUUGAGUCGCGCCGGGCUUGUACAAACAUUAAGAAAUCCAAACAAGACAUUCACUGUAUUUGCCCCAUCGGAUUCAGUAUUUAAACGAGCACCACAAUCUAAAGAAGAAAGAAAGAAUGACAGAUGCACAUCAAGACUCAUGAAACACCAUAUCAUUGAUCACGUGAUUUGCUCUCAAGCUAUCCCUCAGUUUGCGAAGAGCUCAAAUUUGAUUGGAGAACUCCUGAGCUUAUCCAGAAGCGAAGAUAAUAAACUGUACGUUGAUGACAUCCAAAUUGUGGUCAAAGAUUUAAUAGCCACAAAUGGAGUAGUGCAUGUCAUUGAUGGCCUGCUUUCAACAAAACAAGCUAGCACUGUUUCUCAAGUGAUGGAAAAAUAUGGGCUAGGAGAAUUCUUAUCCUUAAUCAAGAUGGCAAAUCUCGGAUAUUAUUUUGACGCUUUGGAGAAUGUAACUUAUUUCGUACCCUCCGAUGAUUCCAUAAAAAAAAUAACUCCUAGUCAUUUAGAGUCAUUUAUGUAUGAUGCAGAAGCAUUGAGAGAAGUGUUGCUAUAUCACAUAGGAGUCGGGCAACCUGAAAUCAACGCACAAGAGCAAGAGUUACGAUCAAGGCUAGAAAAUACCUCUCUUCGUAUUCAAGUACAUGCUUCGUACCCACACUCUGCUCCUCAAGUUCUAGUUCAAUGUGCUGAAAUUUUAAGUACAGGCAACAAGAUCUGCGGCGGAACGCUUCAUGUAAUUAACAAGGUUCUCCUUCCACCGAAACUCAGCCUGAUGCAACUACUUGAAAACAUCGAAGGUUUUUCUACUUUAGUUCUUUUAUUGAGGGUGACAGGACUGGAGAAUCGCCUGAAAGAUCCAAAUGCGAGGCAGACGAUUUUAGCACCCACCGAUGACGCUUUCCACCUGAUGGGACAAUCUUUUCUCUUCCGUCUUCUGGAUGAUUUGAAUUUUGCCUCUGAUUUAGUCAAAAUGCACAUUCUGUCAGGCACUGUUUGCUGUUCUCAGCUGAAAGCAGAUUUCAUGGCAGGUCGUCGACUCGUGAGAGCAGUCGACGGUUCAUCCCUUCCUAUCAGUCGAACGAGAGAAGGAACUCUUACCGUGUUCGACGCUCGACUAGUCGACUGUGAUAUAAUGGCCACUAAUGGUGCUGUACAUAUGGUGGAUGCAGUAUUUCUACAAAAAAUGGGAGAUGGCGCAUUUAUUAGAAUUUAGGAAAAUAAUUGAAUAAAAAUAUUUUUGUUUACUGA